AUGGAAGAGUGCCCUAUUAGCAUGUUCUUAGAGAGAAUAAAAGAACUGCCGGAUGACAAAAAACACCGGGCGGAUGUUCUCCUGGCAAUUUUUAAGUUGCUGAAUGAAAGUGAGAAAAGGGCUCUUUUUUCUUUAAUGACUAGUAACAUAUCUGUUCGUAGAGUGCAGGGCGACCACGUAAGAAAACUUCUUCUUUUGGAAAUACUUUCCGUUGAAAGCGAGUAUUACGUUCUAAACAAUGAAAUCAGAAAAAGGGUUCUUCUGGCGUGCACAAAACCAGUUGAAGAAAGAGUGCUGGUUAAGGUAGACGCGCCUGUUUCUGAGCUGCUGCAUAAAGAGAAAGGGGCGGCAUCGAGUGAGGUGUACAGCAAUAUGCUGUAUAAAACUAUUUCGUGCAAACCAGAUGCAAACACCACAAUUAGAAGAUUAAUGCUAAAUACAAAGAUUAUUAACAAGGAAGGUCUGACACACAAAGGGUUUAACUUCCUUCUAACGGGGAAGAAGCGGCAGCUGUGGACACUACUCCUUGCACAUAUACAAGAAGACCCAGAGACAGCGGAGAAUGAGAUUUUGGUGCUAUGCGAGCUUCUAGUUAAAGACCCAAAAAGAACAUAUGCCGUGGAUAGGUCACAGAAAUCAAAGCUACUGGGACUGUUUGAAUCACUGGGAUUGAUUUUUUUUGAAAAGGGGCUUGUUAAGUUCUCUCCCACCUUUUCUUUGCUCUUUGAUGAUGAAGAGGGGGCAGAGAAGUUUCUUGUUUUGGAGAGCAACUUCCGUCUGUAUAUAUACAGCAACAGGCCUCUUGACACCUUUAUUAUCUCUCUAUUCAGCAUAAAAAGCAGAGAGUUUCCUAAUAUGAUUGUCGCUAUGAUCAAUGAAGAUAGUAUCCGGCAGGCUCUGAUGCAUGGAAUAACAGCAGGGCAGAUAAGAGUCUACCUCAACCAGAACAGUAUGUACGAAAUAAAUGAAAAUGUUAUUGAGCAAAUACGCCUAUGGGAGAAAAGAAUGAACAGAAUACACAGUUGGGAAUCGUACAUCUUCAGUAACUUCUUAAACUACAAGGACUUCUUACUUGUUGAGUCGUACUGUGAGAAUAAUAAUAUAGACCACAGGUCAUAUAGAGAAAAAAGAAUGCUUGUAGUUGGCAUUGAAAAUUAUGAGAGCGUUAAGAGCUUUAUCAGAGUAAGUAUUAAGUAGUGCACACACUUUUAUACUGCUCUAUUAUAUAGGAGUUUAUAUAUUACUGGAUAAAUAUGCUAUAAUGGGUAUAUGCGUAUUUCCUAAAUAGUAAGGGUUCAUUAUAUAAUUCCAUUAUAGGAAUAUCUACUUCUUUCUACUAAAACACACUUUCUGCUUAAACUGUCUCUGGAUAAACAGCUUGUUUAUGAGAUUCUGCAGACUCUGCAAUAGAAUGGUCUAUUUCGCAGAGCUAUUAAGAAUUAGAUGCAUUAGUUAGUUUUUUAAUAUAACCCUUUGUAAGAAUUAAAGACAUAUUAUUAUUCCAU